AUGGACUGGGGAAACCAAACGGCCAUCACAGAAUUCAUCCUCCUGGGAUUCGGGGAUCUCCCUGACCUGCAAAUUCUUCUCUUCCUGCUGUUCCUAGUGAUCUACAUCACAACAGUGGUUGGGAACAGCCUUAUAAUUGUGCUAGUUGUGACUGAUCAGCACCUGCACACCCCCAUGUAUUUCUUCCUAGGGAACUUGUCCUGCUUGGAGAUCUGCUACACCUCCACCAUCCUGCCCAGGAUGCUAGCCAGUCUCCUGACUGGGGACAAAAGCAUCUCAGUCAAUGGCUGCAUCACACAACUGUAUUUCUUUGCAGUUCUGGCAGCUACAGAAUGCUAUCUGCUAGCAGUGAUGUCUUAUGAUCGGUAUUUAGCAAUAUGUAAACCCCUGCACUAUUCAACUCUUAUGAAUACUAGGCUUUGCCUCCAGUUGGCUGCUGGCACAUGGUUAAAUGGUUUUUUGGCUAUUACCAUCUUUAUUUUAUUCAUGUCACAGUUCAUAUUCUGUGGCCCGAAUGAAAUUGACCAUUUCUUUUGUGAUCCCAUAUCACUGAUAAAACUCUCCUGCGGAGACACAGGCCUGAUCAUAUUGUUGGAUUUCAUAUUAGCCUGUGUAUUCACCUUGCCUCCAUUUCUUCUAACCCUGAUGUCCUACAUGUGUAUCCUCACCGUCAUCCUGAGAAUCUCUUCCACCACCGGCAGGCAAAAGGCAUUUUCCACCUGCUCCUCCCACCUCACUGUAGUGACAAUUUUCUAUGGAACAAUAAUGAUUGUGUACAUGCUACCGACACUCGAUGCACUGAGAGCCCUAAAGAAAGUUCUCUCACUUUGCUACACAGUCCUGACUCCCCUGAUAAACCCCCUUAUCUACAGCCUGAGAAACAGAGAGGUCAGGGAAGCCUUGCGUGAAGCAGUCAGUAAAUGUGGCUUUCACAAAAAAAAUUGCAGGGAGUCCUAG